AUGGAUGAAAAUAACUCGUUUGGUGUUAAUGGUGAACUACUGAAUGAAGUUAUUCGAGUUAUUGGCAAUAUUGGUAAAUUAUCUGAGUACAAAAUUCAUGGAGAAUGUUCUCUUUAUGAGGAACACACGGAGCAAUAUUUCAAGGCGAAUAGCGGUUUUGUUAACGGCAAUUGA